CGAAAUCCCUCUUAAUUAACCCUACAGGUGUGAGUCGGAGGAGAAGAGAAAGACGCGAGAGAGAGAAAACAAGAAGGGAAGGAAGAAAAACAGCGAGAAAGGAAAAGUGGAAAACCGUAAACAAGACAGCGCUAAGCCACGCCCACCGGAAUCCCCCGCGGACCAAUGAGGCGCGACGAGGCUCCCCAUUGGCCAAGGUGGGAGGAGCGAUGCCGCGGAUUCUGCAUCUCUCGCGCGGGACACAAGGCGGGGACUGUGAGGCGGCGCGCGGCACUCAGUCAACUAAGACUAAUCUAUUGGGCAUGGACAAGGCGAGCCUCAGUGCGCCCCGUGAGAUUGAGCGAGGGAGAGUGUAAGGAGUGAGACGCCCGCACGUGACUCUUGAACACUUGCCUCCAGCGUUUUUGUGUACCUGCUUGAGGGACGGCGACGGCGAACUCUUCCUCCUCUUCUUUUCUGGCUUGUUUAUACGGUGAGCGAGGCGCGAGAGAUGAGCCGCGCCUGAGCCUGAGGUGACGCACGGCUGUUACUCGCUCGCUCGUCUUCGCGGCGUGUCCGGAGCUCCACGGCGGCGAGUAAACACGAACCGGAAAGGAAAAUAGAUAUAAAAAUGGAUCCUGUGAAAAAGGAACGCGUGUCGCCGCUACUCGGGGAAGGAGGCGGGAGCUACGACCCCUCCACCAGGACUUGUAUCACCUCCGUGGCGGCCUCGUCCGCGCAGAACACCCUCGACCUCAAGCCAAACAUCAAAGUCUACCACCCUCAGCAACCCGUACCGCAGCAGCAGCCUCCACCGCAGCCACCACAGCCACAGCCGCCACAGACCACCGCCCACUCGUCGCCCCCGCUGCCCACCGUCAUCACCUCCGUCCCCUCCUCUACGGGUGGCGGCGCGGGGCGGAUCGUGGAGGAGCUGAACGGCGUGGGCGUGAGCGUGGGUCCUGACGGGGAGCUGCUGCCGGGUCACUCCACCGUCAACUUUUCCGGGGAGAUUAGCGACGCGGUGACCAAGAUUCUGGAGGACUACGACUGGUCCAAGAUCCCCCUGGCUAACAAGGAUGCGGCGGGCGGCAGCGAGCGGCGGAAGGUUCACGUGAAGCGGCCGAUGAACGCCUUCAUGGUCUGGGCCCAGGAGGCGCGGCGCAAGCUAUCCUGCACCAACCGACAGGUCCACAACGCCGAGCUCUCCAAGUCCCUCGGCAGGAUAUGGAGGGGCAUGACGGAGGACCAGAAACGUCCCUUCAUGGAGCGGGCUGACCACCUCCGCCGCAAACACAAGCAGGAGUACCCGGACUACAAGUACCAGCCCCGCCGCAGGAAGGAGAACGUGAAGACGGUGGGCAAGCCGAACCACGUCAGCCUACAGGACCUUCCCCCCCCGCAUCACUACGUCAGUUCGGCUAAGGGCGGCACCUUCGGCGUGGGGCUGCACCCGCUUUCCCCGCCACACUCGCCCUCGGGGCCUGGCGGGGCGGGGCGGGGCCACCCGGAGGGCCACGUACCCGACACAGCCUUCGUGUCGGACUGUUUGGCGGACUCGCUGGAGAGCAUCGACCGCGCCGAGAUGAACAAGUACCUCCUGCCCGACCAGGGGACGCCCACGCCCUACGGAGCCACGCCCAGCCACGGCAGCCUCCACCCAAUGACCACCAUGACCACCACCAUGGCCACCAUGAACACCAUCACCACCAUGAACCCAAUGAACCCAAUGACAACCACGGGCGGCGGCAGCCCCUGCACUGCCACCGCCGCUUCCCUCACCAGCCUGCCGCCCAUCGGCUCCCGCCUCCUGCCGCCUGCCCCGGUGUACGGCGGCCCCGGCUCCCCUUACUACACGGGGGGCACCUCCCCCCAGCCCGCAGGACACGGCUCUCCAGACCUACCCACCGAGCUGGGGACCUCCGGAGGGGGCGGCGUGUCCCCCGGGGGGUCACCGGGGUCACCGUCACAAGAGUAUGUUGAGCUGCAGCCGCCUCGCCCCCUGAAGGAGGAGCCGCUGCCGUCCCUCACGAUGCCCAAGGCCAACGUGAGCCCCUUCCUGCCCCAGAACCUGUGUUACUCCACCCAGCCCUACGCCUUCCAGUACUCCUACCCCUACGCCCCUAUGUGGCACUGAGGGACACUCAACACAGCUCACCGCCGAGCAUCUUUCCGGCCGGGGAUGGACGGGAAGCCACACGGCAGCGGCGACACAUGCCCGUCCCCUCGCGUGCCUCAACACAGUUCACAGUUCAAGAGUAAGGGCGUCGAGUGGCCGCACGCAAGUCUUGCCGAGGCCAAAACAGCACAGUGGUGACAGUCGCCGCCGCUUGGGCCUCGCCACAACCCUGUCAGUGAGUGCCAACAGGUGGCAAAGGUGCUGGCGGCCACCUGUGGCGGCGCGGUGCCGAGGCGGUGGUUCGUGUGGUGGUGCGGUCCAUGGAGACUUCUGUGUACUUUUAUGAUCUUCACAUAAGUUAUUACGUCCUUUUUUUUCCCUCUUAACUGAGGCCAUUCACGCCACUAAGGUGUCGUCGGAGUGCACGGGACGAGGAGCGCCGCGUCUUGCCGUCCGGGGCAGGAGACGCGCGAGGCCGGACGUUCACUCUGGAGGCGCCGCGCACUCAUGUCACAACGUUUCUUAGGAAAGUUGUUUGUGGCUGAGGAAUAUUUUUUCAUAAAACGCCGGAGAACUGAAACUGUUCGUGCAUGGAUCACUUACAUAUUAAGAGGAAUCGCGGAUCAGCAACUGAGAUCGUGAGAAGUUUUAUUUUCAUAUCUCAAAGGAACGUAAAUGCAUACACAAGUGAUAUUUCUCCGUGAUUCCCCGUCGGCGACCGUCUCCCCUUUUAUACAGUAUUAUCGAAGUCAGCGUCUGAGGCCGCGUCGGUUGUGAGGGAAGCGUCUGACUAAGGCAGCGGUGGCCUCGGUCAGCGCCCGGCGAAGCGCCCAGCGAGGCUCCUAGGCUCGAGGGCGGCUGGGCUAGCCAUCCGACGCGGCCACGACGUUGACGGGAACACUGAUUGACGCAUCGGUGUUUUGUAUAUAUGAAAACAAUGCUCCCUGCAGCGCCACGGCGGACGCUGUGGCGCUGUUAUGUAACCUGGACUCUACGGUUAAGGAGUGUGUUGGUAGUGAGCCAGUCGAGUCCUUCUGAGGCAGCUGAGUGUCCCCGCCCCUGUGCCCCGCCUGCACCCGCCCAGCAGCAGCAGCAAGAGCAGGCUGGUGGCACCCCUCCCCGCAGCAUAUCUUAUAAUGUAUUUAUUUAAGUUUCCUUUGAUAAUUUUCCUGUUUGUAUUUUCUUUCAAGUUUAUAUAUAGUUUGUAAGUUUAUCAUAGUAUCUGUACUUGGUCAGUAUGAUGUUCAGAUCAAAGUUCAAAAACACUCCUUGAGCAGCACAGCCCCGCGCCGCGCACUUUGUCUUUCACAGCUCGAGUUCUUGAUCUUGAUGGCGCGGCGCUGGCGGCGACGCAGAGCUCAGGACUCAUGGCAGCGCCGGGCUCAAGUGUUCAGCGGUGACGCAAGGGCAAGUGGCUGGCGAGGCUAAUGCAGCAAAGUGCGUGAGACUUUCGUAUACAAAGUGAGUGACCCGCGUCCGAAGUGGUCACGAGAGCGGCGCGCCUAGAGACAAGGAGCGACUAAGCGACUUCUUGUGUUCGCCCGACAAUGGACUCUCAGCGCGUGCUACAACUGUUUAUUUCCCUUGCUCCCACCGCACCACUUGAGUCCCCGCGUCGCUCCCGCUGCCGGCGUGUAGCGCGAGCUGCAACGCACGGACCAGCGCCCACAAAGAAGCCAAAUAAAUGAAAAAAAAAAAAAAUGGUGAGGACCCGAGCAUAGAUAGUUCAAGGAGGAAAAAAAUAAAGUGAAGAACAUU